UGGGGAAAGGAUGAGAAAGCCGUGAUGAAAGAAGCGAGCAAAGAGGGUACGAAAAGUAAGAGAAAGCGAGAAAAACGGAGAGAAGUGGAAUCGAAAAGAGCAGUUUGUUGGCAACUGCUCCUCGCAGAAGACCAUCGGGCGAACUGUUGGCUCUGACUGUGCAGCAGUGCACCAUUGAUAACGAAACCCAGCCAAGGGGACCAGACCAGAAAGAGUGAGAGAGAGACAACGACUCCCUGGCCUUGGUCGUGUGGUUUUAGAUAUUCGCUUGACACCGAAUUGAGUUGGGACUUUUGUGAGGCGUUGUUGCCACCUGAAAUUGCUAUCGUCCUCGCACUCCCCAGCCAAUCCAUUCGAUAUCAAUAGCUCCGAUCAGUGUCAACUCAACCCACACUUUUAUAGAUCUCAUCUACACACAACCAACCAACCUACGCCUCCUCCGUUCCUUGUUCUGAGUAAUUCUCUGUUGCGAGGAGAAAGUUCAAAGAAGAAAACGAGUCAAAUUGAUCAGAGUCUGAAAUAAGAAACAGCAGAAAUUCCACAUUUUAUUCACUUGUAAGGCUCAUUCCCAAAUGGUUAUAGCCUCGUAGAGCCAGCAGAAAACAGCAGCAGCAAAGUUCGUGCCAAACGAAUAUAGUCAUUGCAGCAAUUUUUGUUGCGAAAUGAACUUUGGCAUGGGAAACAUGACACAAAAGCCGACAACGCGAAAUAAGUAUAUCUCUGCUUCCCAGCCGAAUAGUGGUCAUGAGCUAUGCACGUCUGUGUCACCCAGCAGACCAUAGCUCUCUCCGUCUCUCGCUUCCGUCUCCUCAUGGUCUGCUGGCAAAAGAAGCUCUCUCGUGAACUGACUUAACCAAUUUUUGAACUCUAUUCGGAAUUCAAGUCUUGACUGAUGUUCUGCCUCCACGACCAAAAGUGUAAAGAACGAGGAGACAGGAAUAAGAAAAGUUAGUUCAUUUCAUCCAAUUGUGUGGUUCAAAGGCCAGCAGUUGGAGGAGAAGUUCCACGUUUUGUGGCGUUAUAAACCCUGAAUGAAUCGAGAGAAUUUUAGUUGCACACGCCAGAACCAAUAACUUCAAGUGGUGCUGUAUACCAGUUGUGGCAGGCGAAAACCAUUAACUUUUCUAAUUUAAGCCUGUCCUGGUUGUACCCAUUCUCUGAGUGAGAUUUGUGUCAUUGCAACAACUUUCACCACCAAGUUCUUGUGCAUCCUUGAAAUAAUACUUCUUAACAGUUAAAUAAAUUGAACAAUUCCAAAGGAAAGAGGCAUAAAUUCUGAGCUGUAUCAAGUAUAAUGAUAUUUUAUGCACCGGAAGUUUUAUAGGCCGGAAGUAGAAGGAAACAAUAUAAAAAAAAUAUUUAACAUUUAAAUUCGAUUCUACAAGACCACACGGUCUUUGAGUUUUGACUUUCUAAAUUAGGAACGACAAUCUGGAUUAAAUUAAAAUGGAGACGACGACGCACAAAACUUUGCCCAGUGUUGCUCCAACACAGAGCUACCACACUAAUUGAAUUGAACUUCUCAAAUUACGGCCAACUUUUCCUUCCCAAUCUACUCCAUUCAUUCAACGACUCGCUUUUCCCAUAUUUUGGCAGAAUAGUUGUUCGCCGUCCCCCGCAGAAAAUUAGUUUACUUUAUUUCUGCUGUCAUUUCUGAGUUCGUCGUCAUCGGAGUUGAGGAGUUGUUGGAGACAAAAGUUGAGUUGGUAAUUGGUGGUGAGUAUCUUGGGGAAGAUUGGCAUGAUGGGUGGGCGACGAGACUACUCGAGAUGGGAUUAUGACGACGAGACCGAGAUCACGAUGGAGGAGCAGCUAACUCUCGAAGACAAUGGGAGCAUGGGAGGCAGUACAGAGAGCCAGGCUACUUUCCCCCCAACCAGCCAUGUACUCACCAGCAACUCACCCAUACGAAGUCGACUCCGCGAUGGCUGUAAACGGUCCAGGAAAACGUCAAUAAAAGAGAAAGCUCAACUAUUUGUUCUAUCGGCUGGUGUCUUGUUCGUUGGGUUUCUGGCUGGGUUCGGGUUUGGAGUUAGAGAUAGAGAAACUCCGGCAGUUUCCCGGCAUUCCAAACAUUUAUCCUCAAUCAGCGACCCACUGUCAGUUUCGUCCCAUGAACACGACCUUAUCUUUCAUGAACUGCUACAACAAAUCAGUGCCCACAACAUUCGUGACAAUCUCAAGACAGUGACAAAGGAUGAGCACCGAGCUGGAACCAAGGAAGGACAUCAAAUGGCUACGGUUAUACGGGACUUGUGGAGAAGCUUUGGUAUUUCCGUGCGGUUGGAACAACACAAAACCCUUCUCACAAAAUCGGAAACUUCCAAUUACGCGGAGGUCAUUGGCGAAAACGGAACUGUUUUGUUUACGACGUCAAAGAUUGGAGAUGAUGUUAACCUGCCGAAUUCUCGCCCAAUUGUGGCCUUUUCUCCUCCUUCCGAUUCUAAUGGUACUGGGCAACUGGUUUUUGGGAAUUAUGGUCGUUUGGAAGAUUUUCAAAGGCUUCGAAAAUCCCAGCUAGCUCUCAAAGGAUCGAUUGCAUUAAUACGAUUUGGCACAAUUCAUCCUUCAGCAGUGGCUUCUAACGCGAUUGCGUUUGGAUGCAGAGGAUUGGUGUUCUAUCCCGACCCACAAGAUUUUGGGCCUAAGCUCCCCAUUCAAGCAAUCCGAAGUACGUCCCUCCUUACGGUUGGGCAAGUACAUGACUAUCAGAAACAUAAGGGCAACUGGAGCAUUCCCAGCCUUACCAUCAGUGGCAAAGAUGCGGAAAAAUUGUUCGCGGCAAUGGAGGGGACGGAGAAAGCACCGAAAGAGUGGAUAGGCGGUCUGAAUGCGACUUAUUACAUUGGCGGAGGAAGGAAACCGGAUGGAGGGGGUUUGGUUCGGCUCAAGAUCGUUAAUUUUAAUGAAGCAAAGACGAGCACCAUUUACAAUGUCGUGGCUGCGAUACCUGGGUCCAUAGAGUCGGACAGAUACGUGAUCAUUGGUUCGUCUCACGAUGGACCAGGCGCUGGUGACCCUGGAAUUGGAUUGGCAAUAACGACCGAGUUACUGAAAGCAUUCUCGAAUUCUUUGACAGCCGGAUGGAGACCUCGACGAUCUAUUUUAUUUAUUUCUUGGGAUGCCAAUUUAUUUGCUGCAUCCGGGGCACUGCAUUGGCUUCAGGAACAUCACUUUGAGAUUGCGACCAGGGCAGUGGCCUACAUUGACAUGACAAGAACACUAAAAGGCAAUCAGACUCUGGAAGUCUUCUCUUCCCCGUUGUUAAAGGAAGUGGCUCACAAAGCAAUUAACAAAAUCAAACGCGCAUCCGCCUCACCAACUCCUCUGCAACCGACGGAAAAACUGCCACAGGGGCUGGAAAACGUGCAAUGGAAGGCUGUGGUCACUUCUGAUGAGCCGUCGUUCGCCUUCUUGAAUCUCGGUGUACCUUUUAUCCGUCUCGCUUUUUCCAAUGCCCCCAAGGACUACGACUACCCAUUGUUCCACACCGGGUUCGAUACGUUCGAUAACUUUGCAAACCUUGUUGAUCCCGAUUUCAGAGGAUCGGAAACUUUGGGUCGAAUAAUUGCAGAAAUUAUUCUGCUCCUGGCUGACAAAUCCUUAAUGGACAUAACAUUGCAUGAUUACAUCAAGGAAAUCCGUAAGGAAUUUGAUCACUUUAUGGCAGAGUACAACGAGGAUUUCCACAGAGGAUCCAUUCAAAUCUCUCAGUUGCAAGCCGCAGUCAUGCGAUUGGAAGUUACUGCUGACAAUUUUCGCUUGCAGUCGAAAAACCAUACAAGUGACAGCACUCUUGGGUCACACCAUCGAAAACUGAGGCGAGAAAUGCAGAACAGGAUCCUUAACGAUAAGUUGAUAUCUGUGGAGAAAGCUUGUCUCACCCGCAAUUCGGAUGUUAACGAUGGCUACAAACAUCAAAUCAUUGGACAUGCGAGUAGUAAUAUGGCUCCAGAGAUUCCCUUGUAUGUGAAAACUGUGACCGAUGUAGAAUCGAAACUCCAACAACAAAAGUCCCACAUGGUCGACAAAUCUAACACCACGGUUGCUGUCCAUCCUGCUCCUGCCCGUACCACGACCAGUGGGAAGAACAACUUUCACUCCCGCAGAGUCUUCUCCACAGAGCAUUUUCCCAGCGUUCCUCGUUUCUUUCCCAAAGUGAGAGCCGUGCUUGAAUGUGGGCGAAAUUGUGAUGCUGGGCUCAACAGCGGAGAUGCUUGCACAGACUCCUACCUUUUUGCUACCAGCAGUCAACCGGGCGUCUCACUGGCUGGUGAAAGUAAUAAUAGCACUGCGAUUUCAAAGAGUAGCAGCAGUUGCUUAGAUUGGAGCAGUGUAGCAGCUCAGAGGAUUUCUUCAUUGGUGCGAUCCUUGGAUUCUGUCUCGUCAAUCAUUCAAAGUCCGCUGGUGACACAACUACCCCACGAUGAGUGAUAAACUAUACGACAGUUGGAUGUCCAUUCCUCAUACUCUGUGAGCAAUGCUGCAUUAUUCUUAGUUAAUAGACUCCCUGACGAACCAGUACUUCUCGCAGAUACCCCAAAUUUUAUAUCUAUCGUGCUCAGCUCACUUGAAAAAUAUGUAUUAAUUUCACGACCCAGCAACAAAAACAGCCCCGUGAUGAUCUCUCAACAUGAUUAAAUUACGGUUUGAGUUACAUAUGUGUGUAUGUACGUAUGGUUCUAUUUGGAACAUUAGGAUUUCGCCAACUUUUUCUCAUUGAUCAUCUCUUACAUAUACAUUACUAAAUACGUACGUACAUAUGUAGCCACUGAAUUUACGACAGUAAUGAAACCAAAUUAUUAUGUAUCAUCACAAAUCCAUUUGUCAUGUUUGCCCCUCUUCUUGGUGAUUAAUAAAAACGUAUUUUCAAACUGUAAUCUUUUAA